UGCCUAAUAUUUUUUUGAACCUUCCAUUUUUUAGUGCUGAAUAUUUUUUAAAAAAUAAUGAAUUGUAUUAUUGUUUUAUUUUUAAUUGUCAGUAUCUUGAUAAAUGAAAUAUCAACACAAGAUUAUUGUAAUCUUGAAUCGUGUCCAAAUAGAUCUCAUACCGAGUGUAAAUAUAAUUCUGCUCCUGCUGCUGCUUGUGGUGAUCAAACUAUGAUUCAAACAGGAUUAUCUUCUCAACAGCGAGAUGAAAUUGUUAAUUUUCACAAUGAUCGGAGAGCUUUUGUCGCUAGUGGAAAAGAACAAAGAGGAAAUCCUGGUCCUCAACCUCCAGCUACAAAUAUGAAAUCAUUGAUGUGGGAUGAAGAAGUGGCAUCAAUUGCCCAAACUUGGGCUGAUCAAUGUGGUUCUGGCCAUGAUCAAUGUCGGAAUGUUGAACGAUUUGGUGUGGGCCAAAAUAUCGCAUAUUUUGCUGCUUCAGAUCAAUUUAGAAAUAAUUUGACAUCACUCAUGCUAAGCUGGUAUGAAGAAGUAAAGAACCUGGACAACUCACAAGUAAAAGCAUUUGGUAAUAAUCCUGCAGGACAUUACACUCAGAUGGUGUGGGCUAAUUCUGAAUUCAUAGGUUGUGGAUUGAUUAAUUAUCAGAAGGACGGUUGGUUCGCUACUUAUCUAGUUUGCAACUAUGGACCUGCUGGAAAUAUCAUAGGACAACCAAUAUAUGAAACUUCUUAAGAAUUAAAUCAAUAAUAAUUAUCAUGUUAUUAAUAAUAUACAUAACUUUGCAUCAUCUUAGAUAAGAAAAAAAUAACUUAAAUAUAAUUGAUUUAAUAUUAAACACUUGAUGAAUUCCUUCUCGAAAAAACGCUGUGUAAUAUUGUUUUAAUGAACAUUUUAAAUUUAACAGACGUUAAUUGCAAUUUUUGUCGAUGCAAUUCCGUAACUUUGUGACAUGAUAUUUGACGUAAUACCCACAAGGAAAAUCAUUUUUAUUUUAAACAUAAAUAUUUUGACGUAACUUAUUUGUUUUUUAUUACUGUGAAUGUAGUUAACAAUUAAAUUGCUGUCAAAUCAUCCUAAUUUUUAUCAA